GGCGAAUCGGUUGAGAGGAAAAACUCCAAAUUCGCUCCAAAACGCUCUCUGUGCAAGUCGUCUGGCUGCAACGACAAAGUUUGACAGGUUAUUUUGUCAAAAUAUUUUUUCCCACUGGUUAGAGAAACGACAAAAGUAUAGAAGUGCCAUCAAAGGUGCCUCAGUUUGCGAAAGUAUCUGCGGGGAACUCAAAAGUGGCAAUAAACAGAAUGUCAGAAAAGGGGACGGGAGCAGGCAAAGCGGCAUCAGCGGCCAGUAAGGGAACGGCAAAUAAGCAGAGAAGCAGGAGGAAAUCAGAACUAAACGACAAGUCCGAGUCGGACUCUUCGUUCGGUAGGCUCGUCGAUAGGAGCAUGUUUGCGGAAGCCAAGAUCAUAUCAGGUGUGUCUACAAAAUCGUCAAUCAGUAUCACUGGUUUAGAUAACAUAUGGGAUUGCGCGGUUGCUGAUAAUCUUCCUGAGGAUACUAAACAUUUCUACGACCUCUGGGCCAAUAACUAUGAGGAGGACAUGCGUUCCAUGCAGUAUCGCGCUCCUGAAAUCCUCGCAGAAUACAUUAUUAAUACUCUCCGAAUUGACCGAAACGCAAAGAUACUUGACGCGGGGUGUGGAACAGGUCUGCUUGGUGAGGAGCUUAGGAAACGUGGGUUCACUCAUAUGGACGGGGUAGAUUGCAGCCAUUGUAUGCUCGACUUGGCGUUACCAAAAGCGGUCUAUAGAAAAACUGAAGUGGUUCAUGUCUUGCCCAGCAUGACAGAGCCACCCAUACAUGUCGAUUAUCGCUACGAAUGCAUUGCACUCUGCGAUGCAUUUCAGCCUGGUCACAUUACACCUGGUUGUUUGCCGAAGUUGGCUGCCAUGCUUACCGAUAAGGGCGUGAUUGCCUUCUGCCACAGAAAGCUCUCCUCCGACAACCUUCGAAAGAGUGUGUUUGGCCCAGCAGAUUUUGCUGCUGCUGUGGCAGCGUCUGGAGUAACACUUAAAGAGAGCAAAGAUGUUGAAGGUUAUCGAAGAAUGCCCCCUACCAAGGGCCAGCUUGGCUAUUUUGCUAAGUGAGCUUGCCGUAUACACACGUCAGCACAAGGCUCAAUGGACGAUCUAUCCAAUUAGCUUGGCUCGUUUUCCGUCGAGAAAUGAAGUAUCUUUUCAGACGGACGAGUGCAGCUUACACAACCGGUUAUACACGGCCCUGUUGUACAGCAACACGAAUGUUAUUUUCUACUCUGACUCAACAGAUUAUGUCAGACUGUGAGUGCAGUUUUGUGACUUGCAAAUGUUAUUUAAUGUUAAAAAAUAUUUUGUCUUUAUUUGCUGUAAUCCUUAAUUGACUCUUACUUACUACUUGAUUAAAAUCUCAUUAGCUAACAGCGCAAUCGACCCUGAUAAAAUGCCAGAAAUCUCAGUACUUAUUCCGCACUAUGUCCGCGCCUUCUCUUACCUGUUUCGCCCUAACGUAAAAUAAAAAAAAGUUAUGCAUAAUCGUCAGCCAUUAUUUUAAUUCU